UUGCACCCCGCACAGCCUGCCCCUGACAGCGACAUCCACGAUUUGCCACUGCCUUCAAAGGUGUGUCCGAACACGGUGACCCAGGCGCUUCGGAGCUUCCCAGCUGACACAACGCCGGGCCCUAGUGGUCUGCGUGUCCAUGGGCCGCCUGGUGCUGCUCUGGGUAUGCUGGACCAGCUGGCUGCGGUGGUUGGGCUGUUGUCGCAGGGGCGUGCUUGCGCUGAAGUAGCGCCCGUCCUGGCUGGUGCAGCACUGGUGGCGGUUCCAAAGUCCAAUGGUGGAGUCAGGCCUAUUGCUAUAGGGGAAAUCCUACGGCGCUUGACCAGUAAGUGCCACAUGCUCCUUGUGCGUGACGAAGCCCGCGACUUCUUCUUUCCCGUUCAGGUUGGGGUUGGGGUUCCAGCAGGGGCGGAGGCUACCGUCCACACCGUCCGUGCUUGGCUCCAGCGAAAUCAGCUUGCUCAGGGAAAGGUCGUUGUCAAGCUUGACUUCGCCAAACGCCUUCAACAACGUUUCCAGGCGUGCUGUACUGACUGCUGCAACGGCGUCUUUCCCGGGGCUGGCCAGAUGGGCUACUUGGAGUUGCGAGCCGGUCUGGACCUGGCCAUUUUCUAUUUGGAUGACGGUGUCAUCGCUGGGGAUGUGGCCUCCGUUGGAGCGGCUCUUGCGCACCUGCAAUGCCGCGGCCUCGAGCUUGGCCUUCAACUCAACCUCACCAAGUCCGAGACUAUUGGAGUUGGCAGGCUCGACCCGGCCACCCUCACGCACCAUGUGCCGCCAGAGCUUCUCUACGCUGCUGAUGGGACAUCUAAACUUCAGUGGAACUUUGAGUUGCUUGGUGCUGCUGUUGGGAGUGAGGCCUUUGUUGCGCAGCACACUGCUGGCCGGGCUCGGGCUGCCGUGCCUCUUGGGAGACCGAGUCGGCUCGAAGGCCGUUUCGCGUUUGCCAAGGCGGUGCUGCGCCCGCACGCCGAUGAGAAAGGCAAUGCGACCUACUCCGCGACCCCAGGUCGAGAGGCCUUCUGCAAGGCGGCAACACGCAGCCUGCUCGAUUCAAAGAAUAGCGAGCUGUGCCGACGGCCGCCGGUGGGCUUGACCACGAUCGGCAGCUCCGUCAGUGCACUUCGGGACAAACAAUGUGCUAUCAUCUACAAGGGCAAACCCGGAUGUACAACCUGUGAGACUGAUGCCGGCACACAGUUUUAUCAGCGCACAGAUCCAGGGAACCUUUUUGGGUCAGAGCUGGAGAUUUUUAUCCCGGGGAAAUAUUCGUCUAGGUCAGUAAUUACUGGCUAUGACCCAAUGCUUAGUGGUGGCACAGCUGAACGCUUGAUGGCACAGAAGAAUUGCUGUUCAAGCGUACUGUAUGUGCGAGUGCAAUUGAGCCCCUGGGCCAAGGGGUCGCUGCGGUCGGCCACGUGGCCGCUUUGCUGUGGUGCAAGCUCCCGCUGUGCACCGCUGGGAACGCUUGAACAGCAACAGGCACAAGUGACUGCAGCGCAAGUGAUGCAGGAGCUUGUGAAUCUGAGAAACGAACUCACAAGGCAACGCGAAGAGAAUGAUCGGCUAAGGGCCGAGCAAAGCACAGCACUUGAGCGAGUGCGGCAAGAGAGUGCAGCUCAAGUUGCGGAAGUGCGAGCACAAGCGCAUACGGCAGUGCAGCAGGCGACGGCUCAGAUGGGCACGAUGCCACAGUUGGUGAGCGACAUGGUCAAGUCGAACAAGGAACUGGUUGAGGCCAUGGCAAAGAAAGGAGGACCAAACGAGAAGCUCUGUUUGGUCGACACAAAGGGCCUGGGAAAGCCGACGACCUUCUCAGGUGAGAGUGAACAGUUCCAACCAUGGAGGCAUCGAAUGUCGAGCUACGUUUGUUCGAUCCACCAUGAUCUGCAAGAAGUUCUAGAGUGGCUCGAAGAGAGGGAGAAGCCAUUCUCCUCGGAGGAGUUGGACACAGCCUUUGGAGAAAAGGCGUUGGAGGCGGAUCGAGUUCCCAGACUGCAAGAAAAGUCGAGGGAGCUCGCGAACGCGCUCCAAAUGGUUACCUCGAAGGAACCAUUUACGAUCGUGUGCAAUUGCCAGAACAACGGGUUCGAGGCAUGGAGACGCCUUACGAGGCGAUACGAUCCUGCGACUGCAAGCAGGAAGCGCACGAUGUUGAGAGCGAUUAUAUCGCCCCAGAAGCAGAAGCUGGAGAAUCUCCCUCAGGCCAUCGAGGAAUGGGCCGACGCUGUGCGCACUUACGAGAAGCGCAAGGACAGCACAGGGCGACGAACGACCCUGGCUGAUGAGAUAAAGAUGGCAGCACUGGAGGCAAUGUUGCCACAGGAGCUGGAGUCUCACAUCCAGUUGAACCAGAGCCGGUUCUCCACGUACGACGACGUGCUCGACGAGGUGACUCGCUUCAUCGAGUACAAGACAGGAAAGAGUCUGAAGGUGAUUUCUGCAGCCGCAGCCAGUGCGGCGAGCAAGGAUGAUCCUAUGGACCUGUCGUAUGUGGAGAGAGGCAAAGGAAAAGGAACAAGCAAGGUCGUGUGCCACAACUGCGGCAGGAGCGGACACUAUGCCCGCGACUGCUGGAGCAAUGGAGGCAAAGGUUCGCAGCAGCAACGGGGCUCACCCAAAGGAGAAGAGGAUGAAGGCUGGGAAGACGGAGACUGGGGAGAAACCUGGGAGGACGGUUGGGAGGAAGCAGAAACAAACAACCUCUACGUGGGAGUUCCUCCAAAGGAGGAAAAAGACGAGGAUGAAAAGGAGCUAGAAGCUCUGGAAGAGCAAAUGGACAGAGCAAGGGGUCAGUUCCAAGACCUGAAGGAAAAGGUGGAACUUGCGAGGAGACGUCGCCAGGAAAGACUUCUUCAGGAAGCGGAAGAGCUGGCAGAAGCCAGGAGACGUUCCCGCGGCGAGGUGCCAGGGCAGUCCAGCUUCGGAGCGUUUUCGUCUUCGUCGCGAGGACCUCCGGAGAGAGUGCGUGAGCCAAAGGCCGGAAAGAAAGAGGAGAAGAAGGAGGUGAGGUCUAAGGCUUUGGACACGGCACCCUGGAAGCGCGUUUCGCGCUACCGGGAGCCACCAGUGCCUGAGCCCAAGACCCCUCCAAAGGCGAAGCAAGAAAGGAGUCCGGCGUCUUGGGCAGGAAUGCGCUUCAGGGAACGUGUGGCCCACCAAGAUGCCAUACGAGACAAGAAGCCCAGAGGCACCGUCGGGGAGUCCUUACUGAAGAAGCAAGGCGAGGCCUGCUCCACCUGCGUGUCGAGGCGACUAAAGUUCAGGAGCAAAGCGUCCCUUCUGCUGAAGAAGAGGAUGAAGGAGUACAAGGCAGCAGCUGCAAAAGCAGCGGGCUCCCACUACGCCAGGAAAGUUUUCGAAAGAGAAAAGCUUGUGAGGGCCGACAGGCCCAGCAAGGCUGAACUGAGGAGCGCAAAGGUAGCCGAGAAGGUGAAGCAAAGGGAGGAAGAAGCCGCUGGUGGAGAAGAAGAAGAAGACAAGUUUUCCUUGGAGCCGGAGAGCUCCGAGGACGAAAGCGACUUCGAGGAUGACCCUCCAAGCGAGGGGCCCGAGGAACCCAAGAAGGAAGAAAAGAAGAAGCCACCAAAGCAGGAAGAAGGAACCGAAGGAGCAACCGCGAUCACGGCAAGCACCUCGAGCAGCAUGCAGAGGAUGCUGGCGUCGGGUCUUAUGGAGACCAACCGUGCGAACCUCGCGGUCUUGGACCAGAGGAUCGCGACAAAGAGAGAGAAGCUCGAGGGACGCGGCAGUGACCCAGAGCUGGAAGCCGAGAUCGCGAGCCUGGAAGACGAGCGGAAGCGCCUGAAAGAGGAGCGUGAGCGCCUCAGGGCGCAGCAAGCGGGCGUGAAGAAAAAGGAACCCGAACACCGCAGAGACCAGUCGGUGCACGACGUGCGCUACAAACGCCAAGUGGAAAAGGGAGACAGCCACUGGAAGGCUUGGCGUGCGGAAAAGGGACGAAGGAGAGCGCAAGAGCACAGACGCAGCGGUGUGGGCGAAAGAGCAAAGGAGAGGAUCGAGGCCGACAAGAAGUGGCACGCCCGGCACGACGUGAAAGUGAAAAAGGGCGACUUCCGCGAUAACCAGAAGGAAGAGGUCGACGGCAUCGACACGGAGGUUAUCCACAGCGAUGGGACGGAGGCCAAGCCCGAGCGGCGAAAGGACUACCGCCCCCUCACGAAAGCCGAAAGGACGAGCCACCGCGUGGAUGCCGACGACGAGGAGGAGCUCUACCGGAAGGAGCUCGAAAAGCAGGAAAGGCCGAAGGCGACCGGGCGCUACUCGGCGGACCCGUCGAUUGCGGCCGAGCAGAAGAAGAAGAGGAACCAAAAGAGAAACCAAAGGCGCAACAAGCUGAAGAGGAAGCUUGGGUCGACCUGGGAUCCAGAGCACAAAGGAAAGAAGAAGGUCAAGAAAAGCGAAGACGACGACGAAGAGACUGUGCACUGUGAAGACUACGACGACCGCCGCGACCCAAGAGGAGAAGACCCGGAGGACCCGGGCGAAGGAGGCGUGCGCCAAUCGGUGCACAGCUUCGAGACCGUGGAUGCUGCCAGCCUGGGCGCUUCGCCAGGCGUGGCUAGCGUCGAGGUCAACUUUGACACGGGAGCGGCCGUGACCGUUCUGCCUGAGAAGUACGUGACGCAGCCAAAGGACAACGGCGUCCGCUACAAGACGGCGUCAGGUGAGGCGCUGAAAGACCAAGGAAAAGCCGAGGUCACCGGCACUUUGUCGGGAGGCCGUGGGGCCACGAUCACCGGCCGAGGCGCCGGGGUCCACCGCAUACUCCUGUCAGGAGCACAGGCGUGCAAGACGCAUUUUGCGUUUCUGCACGGAACAGGAGGCUUGCUGGUCCCAAAAGGAACUGCUUUCGCUAAGGAGGCCGACGAGGCGUUGCGCCAGUUGGCUUGGAAGCACAAGGGUGUCGGAACCAAGAUGCAAGUGAAGAACGGCAUCUACGUGUUUCCUCUGCAAGACGAGAAGAAAGGAGUGAAGGGCGGAAGCAAGGGCCAAGCUGAGAUGGUUGAGGAAGCGGCAAAAAGGAAAGCCGCCGGAAAGGCAACGCUCAAGGAAAAAGGAGGCACUGAAGACGACCGCUUUGCCGAGGAGCCGGAGGCUCCAGGCGAAGAACAACAGAGGGCGAUAGUGCCGAAGAGCCCAGACCAGCCAACGGCUGACCAGAUCGCACAGCACGAAGCCUCGGGGCACGCGGUGCACCGUUCCUGGUGCGUCCACUGCCAGAGAGCGCGAAAGAUGGUGAAUCCACAUUACCGGAUUCGGAGAGCCGAACUUGAGACAUCUUUGCCGACGCUACACAUGGACUACUUCUUCCUGGGCAAAGAAAAGCAGGAAGACGACGUGAUGCCGCACCUGGUGGUUCGGUGCGACAAAACGCAGCGCACUUGGGCAACUUCGUUGCCCGAGAAAGGCACGCAUGCGUACAACGUCACGUGGUUGGCCAGCGUGAUACGCGAGGCCGGAUGGAAGAGGAUGUGUUUAUUCUCAGAUAAUGAACACGCCCUCCGUGCGCUCAAACUCAAGGCCUCCGAAGAAGUCCAAAAUGUAGUGUUCGACUUGAGAGAGAGUCCUACAAGUACGGAACACGAGAAUGCGCCAUCGAACGGCAUAGCCGAGGCCGCAGUGAGAGAGGUGAAGCGAAUGGUCCGAGCUAUCCUGUCGGAGCUGGAGACAAAGCUUAAGAUCGAGGUGGGCGUGGACCACCCGAUUCUCGCCUGGAUCGCGAGGCAUGCAGCGUUCUUGAUGACACGUUUUCGCAUUGGCGAAGACGGGAAGUCAGCUUACGAAAGGACGCUGGGCCGACCGUGGAGGCGACCUACCAUUGUCUUUGGCGAACAGGUGAUGUUCAAGCCAGUUGGUUCGAGACACAAGCGAGGAAGCCUAGAUGCAAGAGUUUGCAUGGGACGUUACGUCGGAACUGCGUCGAGGAACGCAGACUUGCUGAUCAUGACGUCCGAGGGUAUAUCCCGGGGCCACUCCUUGCACAGGAGGCCCGAGGAUGAGAAAUGGCCUGUUGAAGGUUUCGACGUGCUACGCGGAUUGCCUUGGAGGAUGUCCGGUCCACAAGAGCGAGCGUCGCCCAACCGAGUCGGUAUGCCCGCUCUCGAAGGCGAACAACCCGCGCCACAACACCGAGACUUCAAGGCACGCAACCUGUACGUCAUGAAGUCCGACAUUGAGCUGUACGGCUACACGCCUCAGUGUCCGGGAUGCGAUGCGCAGCUGAUGGGUCUCCCGCAGCGAGCGCACAAUGACGAGUGCAGGAUGAGAGUGCAGAGAAGACUGCAAGAAACCGACGAGGGAAAAGAAAGAGUGAAAAGGGCCCAAGAGCGAGUUGAAAAGGACUACGGAAAGCGGGUCAAAAGAGACCAACCCGCGCUGGAAGGAAGACCUGCCCCCGACGCAAUGGAUGUUGCAGCAGAGGAAGCGGCAGGCGCACCUUUGUCCAGACCAAUGGAGGUCGAGGACCGCGCCGAGCCGAAACAGCGGAAGCGCGCAGCGUCCAAGGACGUCGAGGACCUUUACCGGGAAGAGCCCAGCACGAGGGCUACCGAUGGUCCAGAUGUCGAGGUCAUUGGAGUACACGUGCAAGGGGGAGCAAGUGGCUCUGCAGGACCCGGCCUGGACCACUCACACCAACAAGCACGAGCAGAUGCAGAAAUGUACGACACAGCAACGGCGAAUCCGCCACCAGCCAACGAGGAAGUGCGAAUGAACCUGAUUACGCGGAUGUUCGAACAAAAGGGGCUCAAGUGCAGCCCGACCGAAGCGAAGGCCAUAAACUCUAUGGUUCUACAGUUGGGAGGUAAUGGCAAUUCAGCUGUGCCCUGGAGCAUGGUGAAUGAAGGCAUUAUCUUGCCAAUGGACCAAGAGCCGCCGAUGUUCGCUCAGGCUGAGCAUUUGCGUUUCUUCGAAAAGCUGGAACAAGUGAAGCCAAAGCUUCUGGUGGGCAAGCUGCCCACUGGACCCUUCCAGUCAGUACAACGUGCUUUCGACAUGACCAACAAGAUUGGAGUCGAGACCAAACGCGGAAAUUUGAGGAAGGCCCGAUCUCAACUGGGGCUUUGCUUUGAGGCCUUCGAGGCACAGAAGGAAGCCGGAAACUACUUCCUCUAUGAGUGCCCAAGGGGAACUAAGUCCUGGGAGCAUGAACUUGCUCAAAGGAUGGGUUCGUACUUGGUUGAAGGCCCAAUGUGCAAGUGGAAAGUUGACGAAAGUGGAAAAAUGAUUGCAGGCCAAUCCGGCAAGAAGCGAACCCGCUGGAUUACUAAUUCGGCGACGGUUGCAACAGCGCUGGAAAAGCUAUGCAAGGGCAAUGCGAAGGUGUGGAACCGAACGCUAAGCUUCAAGGAGGGGAUCGUGACGGCCAAGGCCGAGUAUCCUCCGAAGCUUGAAAGAGCACUACUGGCAGGAGUGCGAGCACAACUGGUUCUGGAUGGAGAAAUGAAGGAGGUGGGCCAUGUGGGUGGACCUGACCCACACGAGGAGCCACCGCUCGAAGAGUAUCUCCAUGAUACCUUACCCAAGGCUGGGCAGCUUCACGUAAGCGAGCCCGUCAUAGACGCAAACACAGGGGCACAACUUGAUGCCAGAAAGGUUGCGGAAGCAAGAGCGUCAGAACUUGCCUGGGUGAAAAAGCAAGGUGUGUACGAGAAAGUCGAAGAGAGCGUGUGUUGGGACGAAACAGGUCGUCCGCCCAUAACCUUGAAGUGGGUAGACCGCAACAAAGGGGAUGAUGUUCGGGAAAACUACCGCAGUCGUUUGGUAGUCCGCGAGGUCAAGUCACAGGGACAAGCGGCGUUGAUACCAGACUACGCGCUGUUUUCCUCAAUGCCACCUCUGGAAGGGUUGAAGAUCCUAUGCAGUCUGCUGACGACACUCAAGAGGUCAAAGAGCGGAAAGAAGCUCACGCUGAAGCUGACAGACAUAUCACGUGCACACUUCUAUGGAAAAGCAGAACGACGUGUGUUUGUCACACUUCCCGAGGGAGAUGAAGCUCCCGGCUUUUGUGGUCUGUUGAAACGGACCAUGUAUGGCACCCGUGAUGCCUCAGCUGUAUGGCAGAGAUCGUACACAAGCCUGUUACGCAAGCACGGGUUUGUCGUGGGAAAAGCAUAUCCGUGUACCUUUUAUCAUGCCGAAGCCGACGUGAGAUUAUUGGUGCAUGGGGAUGAUUUCCUAGUCUUGGCAGACGAAGAUGGACAUCGCUUUGUAGACAAAGUACUGUCUGAAGAGUACGAGUUCAAGUGUGAUGGCCACAUAGGACCUGAGUGUGAAAAGGAUAGCAUGACUGUCCUGAACCGGGUCGUGAGCUAUGACAGCCAGACAGGAACUGUUACGUACGAAGCGGAUCCAAGGCACGCGGAAGCCCUAGUGCGCGACCUUGGACUGGAGUCUGCGAAGGCGGCCAAAACGCCAGCAGAAAAGAAAAAGGGAAGUGACCUGAAAGCGAUGCUUGAAGCACAGCCGUUGAAUGCCGAACUUCAGAAAGCAUAUCGGUCUCAUACGAUGAGGGCAGCGUUCCUUGCGCAGGACCGUCCAGACAUUGCCGAGGCUACGAAGAGCUUAGCACGGCACAUGAAAGAACCCACAGAGUGGGCAUGGGCCGAUCUGAAGAGGCUUGUCCGCUACUUACGCGGAAAACCACGGCUGAUCUACGAGUACCACCCGCAACGGUUCAGCAAAGAGAUUGUGAUGUACUGCGACUCAGACCACGCUGGUUGCCUCAUCACGCGGAGGUCAACCACGGGACUAGUGACAAUGCUUGGAUCGCACUGCGUGAAACACUCAAGCAACGUGCAAAGCACGAUCUCCCUCUCGAGUGGAGAGAGCGAGUUUUACGCUAUAGUUCGAGCAGGGUCCAUAGGUCUGUCGCUACAGGCGAUGCUAGAAGACUGGGGAUUAAAGGUCGGUCUGCGGAUUCGAUCUGAUUCCUCGGCGGCCCGAGGCACUACCCAGCGCCAGGGCCUGGGUCAAGCACGCCACGUGCAAACAAGAUACUUGUGGGUGCAAGAGAAAGUCGCCACGCGAGCUCUGGAGCUAGAGCGUGUAGGCACGGAGAAGAACUACUCCGACAUCUGCACCAAACCAAUGCCCGAAGUGGCAAUGAUCAAACACCUCAAGAACAUGGGAUUGCGUUUUCAUGUUGGACGAGCCGGAGCAGCCAAACGGCUCGUGUGA